AUGGUCGUCAAGAUGCGCCUCGCCCGGUUCGGGCGGACCAACGCGCCUUUCUUCAAUAUAGUAGUGGCUCAAGCAAGGACCGCGCGCAACUCCAAGCCCAUGGAGGUGAUUGGGACCUACGACCCCAUCCCCAAGACGGACUCGUACGACACGUCGCGCAAGCUGCACAAGGACAUCAGGCUGGAUAUGACGCGCGCAAAGUACUGGAUCGGUGUCGGCGCGCAGCCCACCGAUACGGUGUGGAGGUUAUUGUCUAUGGUCGGGAUCGUUCCGCCCAAGUACAGGCCAGAACCGAACUACAAACCGCCAAAAAGCUUUAAGCCGCCAAAGUCGGCACCUGCCUCAAGUUCGAGCUAG